GAAAAUAUCGAAAAUGUUUUGUCGAUCUUUGUUGGUGACAUCAGUGGUCAUUAUGAUCAUGAUCAACGUUAUUUUCAACAUGGUGGACGCAACUAAUAAAAAUAUUGGCCGUAAUAACCAUCGUCAUAAUAAAAGAUCAAUGGCCAUUCAUAAAAAUAAUAUUAUUAAAAAUGAAUCCAGUUUUUGGCAUAAACCAUCACUUCUUUCCUCGGCACAAUCAUUCCAGAUGCCCAUACAUGAAAAUCCAUCCACCGAUGUCUAUCGAUCAAAUCAGAAUCAGAAUCGUAAUCAACAGAAAAAUAUGAUCAUCACCACCACCACUACACAUCAAGGAUGGAAACCAUCAAAUCUAAAGAAUUUGUUGAUUGAUAAACAACACAAUCAACAACCGACCAUCAAUAAAAAUGAAGGCAUGAUUCCAAUUAUCAAGGCAAAUCAUUUAUUCACUACGCCAAUUCUACAACGAUCCAACAAAAUUGUCAAUCAUUCCACUUCAACCAAUGCCCAUUUCACUAACAAUCAUCACCAUCAUCCUCAUCGGGCCAUGUCUGGUCGAUCAUCAACAUCAUUAGCAUCAUUAGCAUCAUUGAGGAAAUCGCCCAGCAUUGAGAAUCUGAAUUUUGUUGAAAAUAAUCGCCAUUUAUGGAAUAGUCUGACCAGUUCGUCGAUAAGCAAUGAUUUAUUGGACAAUGAAUUGAAUCAAAUACAAACAGAAAUUAUCAAAAAAUAUAAACCACCAUUAGAUUCGAUGAAUUCGCUAGGCAAACAGAUUGCAUUGUUUUUAUUGAAUCGUAAUCGGGAAAGCAAUCCCACAGCAACAACAACUUCAAUGGCCAAACAUGCUAUUCAACCCAUUACAAAAGCGAUGAAAUCAACCAAUAUUCAAACACUAAAUAGCCAAUCGUAUCAGGAUCAAUCAAUGCCAAACGCCUAUAUUUCCAUGGAUACUUUGCCCAUGUCAUCGCCUAGAUAUGAAGCCAUUAUUGUCGACCAUAAAACUCAACAACAUUCCAACGGCCCAAACAAUCCGAUUUCAGAUACUAGGACCAUAUCACCAUCAUAUCUCACCACUAUUGGCCAAACACAAAUGCCAAUCAAAAAUUUAUUUGUUACAGUUCCAUUUGGCAUUGAUUCAUCAACAGCGAUCAAUGCCGAAUGGCCAUCACUUGUCCAACAUAAUGGCCAAGGUGAUGAUGCUGAUGACGAUGGCGGUAGUGAUGGCCGCAAAACAUACGUAUCAUCCACAUCAAUCAUCAAUCAGGAUAGUUUUCAUCCGCAGCAACAACAUCCCAAUCAACGACCUCGCACAUCAACGAUGAUCAAGUCAUCAUCAUCAUCAUCGUCAUUAAUGAAUAAUGAGCCGACAGACUUUGUUUUUAUGGCUGCCAAUUUAGCCACCACCAACAAAGAUCGAUUGAUAGAAGCACCAUCUACGUUGAAAGCAUCAUCAUCGAUGACAGGUUCGAUCACAACCAAUUUUCAUCAACAUCAUCCACAGGCCAAUGCUAAUAAUAAUAAUAAUAAUGAUAUUGGCACCUCAGCAUUCAUACCAAUACAAUCAUCAAAUUCAAUUUCCUUCGAACCUUUACUAAUCACUAAUAAUCAGUUAGUUGGUAGUGUGAGCAAUAUACAAAAUUAUAAUGAUCAACAACAACAGCAGUAUUAUCAGCAGCCACAACAAGCAAAUGAACAAUUUCAUUGGAGCCCAGAAGUUAAAAAUGUUGUAUUAAAAAUGGAAUUACCGGUGCAUGUCACCGGUUCAAGUAAUCGGCCAUCCCCGUCAACUAUUUCGCAAAAUUAUCAUUAUCGACCAACAUAUCGUGCUAGUAACGAUGACGAUGAUGAUGGUGGCGAUGGCAAUAAUGGCAAUAACAACAAUAACAACAAUAACGAUGAUUAUUUGAAUUCGAUGCAACCAUCGCCAUCACCGAAAUCGUCAUAUCUGCAGGAUGAUAUUCAUAAUAGUGAUAGUGGUAACAGUUAUCAAUUAUCACUGCCUUAUCCCAUGCAACAACAAUCGAUACCGUCAACAACAAAAUAUCGAUCCAAUCAUAAUCAUCAUCCUCAUUUCAAACAACAACAAUCGAAAAUGAUGAAUAUCUAUAGUGAUAAUAACAAUCAAAUGCCUACUACAAUCAACAUGGAUCAUUUGGACCAAUUGAUCGAUGCGCCGCAUCAUUAUUAUUUUUAACACCCAUUUUAAAGUUACUGGCAAGGAUAAAAGAAGGAAGAAGAUGAACAACAUGCAAACUGUCACUUGAUUUCGAUGGAACAAAAACCAUAAAUUUGACAUCGACCAUGAUGAUGAUUUUAUUAUUAUUUUUCAUUACAAUCAAUGAUUACAAUCAA